GGCUGACAGUUGGCUGGGCUUGGGGUAAGGCAGCUGCAGGAGGCUCUGUGACUCCCCAGCUGGGCGGCCGUCGUCGGGACCCCAUGUUUGAGCCUCCCAGUUAGCUAGUUCCAGCCUCCUGGAACAACCAUGUCGCCAGUUUUGCGAAUGCCAAAUUCAUGGCGCUGCCCAAGCAGAGCUGCUAUCUGAAUUCAACGUGGAUGUGGCAAAGGGGAAUGACCGCUAAGUGCCGCUGGAAGUGUCCGACCUAGAGAAAUAUGUAGACGGGAGAUCUGUUUCCUUCCUCCAGCAUGGACUUCCUGAGUCUCUUCUUGCUCUACGUGGCCUUCUUAUUGAUUUCUGUUGUCAUGAUCUGCAUCGUCACAAGAAACCAGCGUUUGAGAGCCGCGGUCCUGGGAGGAGCACAGGUGUGCUCCUGUGUAAUCCCACAGUGCCUCCAGAGGGCCGUGCAGACGUCUCUUCACCAGCUCUUCCACACACGCCACCCCACCUUCAUUGUCUUGCACCUGCUCCUGCAAGGCCUGGUUUAUGCGGAAUACACCUUCGAAGUCUUUGGCUACUGCCAGGAGCUGGAGUUGUCUCUGCCUUGCCUUCUCCUGCCCUAUCUGCUGCUGAGUGUCAACCUGCUGUUCUUCACCCUGACUUGCACUGCCAAUCCUGGCACCAUCACUAAAGCAAACGAGUCAUUACUUCUGCAAGUCUAUACAUUCGAUGAUGUGAUGUUUCCAAAGAACUCGAGGUGCUCCACUUGUGGUUUAAGGAAGCCAGCCCGCUCCAAGCACUGCAGGGUAUGUGACCGUUGUGUGCACCGUUUUGACCAUCACUGUGUUUGGGUGAACAACUGCAUCGGGGCCUGGAACACCAGGUACUUCCUCAUCUACCUCCUGACACUGACGGCGUCUGCUGCCACCAUAGCCAUCCUGACUGCUGCCUUUCUGCUCCGCCUGGUGGCAGUGUCGGAUCUCUACCAGGAGACGUACCUUGAUGACUUGGGGCAUUCCCAGGCCGUGGACACAGUCUUUCUUAUUCAGCACCUGUUCCUGGCUUUUCCAAGGAUCGUCUUCCUGCUGGGCUUUGUCAUCGUUCUGAGCUUGCUCCUGGCUGGCUACCUGUGCUUUGCUCUGUACCUGGCUGCCACCAACCAGACCACAAAUGAAUGGUAUAGAGGUGACUGGGCCUGGUACCAGCACUGGCCUCUGGUGGCCUGGUCCCCAUCAGCCGAGCCCCAGAUCCACCAGAAUAUUCACUCCCGUGGGUUUUGGAGCAACCUUCGAGAGAUCUUUCUUCCUGCUACCCCCAGUUACAAGAGAAAGAAGACAUAGCACGGGACGCGUCCUGCCUGUUGAAUACAGUGCACAUCUGUUUGUACACGUGGA